CUAAAGCUACAACUUAUUUAGAUGCAAAUAAAUAUGAUACUUAUAGUAUUAUAAGUUUAUUAUUAAAAGAAAUUAAAAAUCGCAUAAAAUCAGAAAAUACAAGUUCUCAAAAUGUAAAUAUGAAAAAAAUUGCUGAUGACUUUGUAAAGAAAGAAGAAGAAGAAACUCUUAUCUCAGUAUUACUUAAUCUUAGGAUUAAGUCUUUUGAAUUUAUUGAAUUUAUUAAUAAUAAUGAAGUUCAUAAUAAAACAAAGAAUCUAUUAAAAAACAAAUAUAAUCAACCUAAAGCUAAUUAUUAA